AGAAACAGAGAAAGAGGGAGGCUCAAGCAGGCAGACUGAAGUGCAGAAGAUGAGUGUGUGUGUGGAGGAAGAGGAGGGCAGAGCAGAGCCUCCAGCCUCCAGCUGUCUGUCUAUGAGGAGUGACCGGUCUAUAGGAAACCCUCCAGACUUCAGUGCUGAACCUGGACCUUCAGCCACAAAAGGUCAGCAGCACAGGCAGAGAGCAGAGCCUCCAGCCUCCAGCUGUCUGUCUAUGAGGAGUGACCGGUCUAUAGGAAACCGUCCAGAGUUCAGUGCUGAACCUGGACCUUCAGCCACAAAAGAGAGGAAGAGGAGCAGUGAGGCUGUGGAGGAGCAGCUGUCCUCCUGUGCUUUGUGUCAGGAGGUCCUGAGGGAUCCAGUCUCCACCAGCUGUGGACACUGGUUCUGCAGACAGUGCAUCACCUCAGACUGGGACCAGUCUGGUUCAUCAGGAGACUCUGCCUGUCCCCAGUGUGGAAAAAGAUCCAGAACAAGACCUGGACUGCAGACACCCAGUCAAACCAGCACAGUGGACGGCGGUCUGCAGGAGGUUUUAGACGAGCAUAAGAUCAGUCUGAGGAGGAGAUGUGAAUUUGUGACAGAAGGAACUGCUGCAGCAGGAAGUGGAACCCCCCUCAACAGGAUCUACACUGAGCUCUACAUCACACAGGGACGGAGGGAAGGGGUUAAUACCCAACAUGAGGUGUGGCAGCUGGAGACAACAUCCAAGACGGAGACCCUCCAUGACACUCCAAUCAGGUACCAGGACAUCUUUAAACCCUUACCUGGCCAAGACACACACAUCAGAGUAGUUGUGACGCAGGGCGUUGCUGGCAUUGGAAAAACCUUCUCAGUGCAGAAGUUCACUCUGGACUGGGCAGAGGGCUUGGAAAACCAACAUGUCAGUCUUGUGGUUCUGCUUUCGUUCCGGGAGCUGAACUUGAUCAAAGAUGAGCGCUACAGUCUUCUCCAGCUGCUCCGUGUUUUCCAUCCAACAUUACAGACGGUCACAGCAGAGAAGCUCGCCGUCUGUGAAGUUGUGUUCAUCUUUGACGGCCUGGAUGAAAGCAGGUUUUUAUUGGAUUUCCAGAACAAUGAGGUCGUGUCUGAUGUCACACAGACAUCAUCAGUAGAUGUGCUGUUGACAAACCUCAUCAAGGGGAAUCUGCUUCCCUCGGCUCUCUUCUGGAUAACUUCCAGACCUGCGGCGGCCAAUCAGAUCCCUCCUACAUGUGUGGACAGGGUAACAGAAGUGCGAGGGUUCACUGACCUCCAGAAGGAGGAGUACUUCAGGAGGAGAUCCAGUGAUGAGGAGCUGUGCGGCAGAAUCAUCUCACACAUCAAGGCGUCCAGGAGCCUCCACAUCAUGUGCCACAUCCCAGUCUUCUGCUGGAUCACUGCUACAGUUCUGGAGCACAUGUUGACUACAGACCAGAGAGGAGAGCUGCCCAAGAGCCUGACUGACAUGUACUCACACUUCCUGCUGGUUCAGACACAGAGGAAGAAGCACAAGUACGAUGAGAGACAUGACAGGAGUCAGCAGGAGCUGACGGAGACUGACAGGGAAGUUCUUCUGAAGCUGGGCAGGCUGGCGUUUGAACAUCUGGAGAAAGGCAACCUGAUGUUCUACCAAGAAGACCUGGAGGAGUGUGGUCUUGAUGUUACAGAGGCCUCAGUGUACUCAGGAGUGUGCACAGAGAUCUUCAAAACCGAGUGUGUGCUCUUCCAGAGAAAAGUCUACUGCUUUGUUCAUCUGAGCAUUCAGGAGUUUCUCGCUGCAGUCUACAUCUUCCACUGCCACAUCAACAGGUACAUGAAAACUCUGGAGACAUUCAUUCAAGGUGACUUGGACUAUGAAGACAGUGAAUCAUCCCUGGAUGAUGAAGUCUGUUAUUUUCAUGAUGGUAUUUCUGUUAGAUAUGAAUACUCUGAAGUACUGGACACAUUCCUAGGAAAAGACUGGGGUAGUUAUGGAUGCAGUGGACAAUCCCUGGAUGCCUUGCUGAAGGCAACAAUGUUCAGAGCCUUGGACAGUAAAAAUGGCCACCUGGACCUCUUUGUCCGCUUCCUUCAUGGCCUCUCACUGGAGUCCAACCAGAGGCUCUUAGUAGGCCUGCUGGGUCAGACUGAGAGCAGACCAGAAGACAUCCAGAGAGCCAUCAACAACCUGAAGAAGAUGGACACUUUAAAUGUCUCUCCUGACAGAAGCAUCAACAUCUUCCACUGUUUGAUGGAGAUGAACGACCUCUCAGUACAUCAGGACAUCCAAGAGUUCCUGAAGUCAGAGAACAGAUCAGAGAAGGAACUCUCUGGUAUUUACUGCUCAGCUCUGGCCUACAUGCUGCAGAUGUCAGAGGAGGUUCUGGAUGUGUUGGACCUGAAGGGGUACAGAACAUCAGUGGAGGGACGACAGAGACUGAUCCCAGCUGUGAGGAACUGCAGGAAGGCUCGGCUGUCUGGCUGUGGACUCUCAGAGAUUCACUGUGAAGUUGUGGCCUCGGCUCUGAAGUCCAACCCCCAUCUGACAGAGCUGGACCUGAGUGAGAACGACCUGGUGGAUUCAGGAGUGGAGCUGCUGUCUGCUGGACUGGAGAGUCCAAACUGCAGACUGAAGACUCUCAGACUAAGACACUGCAGGUUGUCAGAGAGCAACUGUGCUUCUCUGGCCUCGGCUCUGAAGUCCAACCCCCAUCUGACAGAGCUGGACUUGAGGGAGAACCAGCUGCUGGAUUCAGAAGUGAAGCUGCUGUCUGAUCUGAUGGAGAGUCCAAACUGCAGCCUGAAGACUCUGAGGCUGGAGGAUGAAAAACACUGGAUUAAAGCUGACAGCCUGAGAAAAUAUGCCCGUCAUCUCACACUGGAUCCAAACACAGUGCACAGAAGACUCCGUCUGUCUGAAGACAACAGAGAGGUGGGGGUGACGUCUGAGUGGCAGUCGUAUCCUGAUCACCCAGACAGAUUUGACCAGGAGCCUCAGGUUCUGUGUAGAGAAGGUCUGACUGGGCGAUGUUACUGGGAGGUCCAGUGGAGAGGAGAGGUUCAUAUAGCAGUGACUUACAGAGGAAUCACAAGAAGUGGUUAUGACUCUCGGCUUGGAGCCAAUAAACAGUCUUGGAGUCUGAGGUGCUCUGAUCACAGCUACUCUGCCAAACACAACAGGAAGUCCACCUUCAUCUCUGUCCGUCCCAGUGGAUCUGACAGAGUACUGAUUGGAUUGUGA